AUGAAGAAGUCCCAACGAGGCACGGCGUCUAUGCUGCUGCCCAUCGCUCUCUGCCUCAGCCUGGUCCCUGUGAGUUUUGGAGCGGCAAUUCCAGUUUCAUGUGCUUCCAUCUACAAGAGUUUCGCUCAGUGUUUACUUACACUUGGAGACAGUAUGGUGGAAACACAAAAAGACCAAAACACACAGGACAUCGAUGCAAUCUGCAGGUCCUGGAAUGCGUUCCAUGUGUGUGCCAACUCAGCUCUGGCCGGUUGCCCGGGAGACGCAGCAGCCGUCUGGGAGUCUCUUAGACAAGAGUCCAGGAAGACACAGUUCUCCGGAAACCUCUACGACAUGUGUGCCAGCCGCACCACCCUCCCACCCAGCACUGUGCCUGCAGCCCCGAGCCCCCCCACCUCCGACCAGACCAACAAGGAAACACUGAAAGGGCAAACCAACAGGAACAGCCCCCCCUUCAGCUCUCUGAUGUUCCCUGUGUGCAGCACCUUGCUACUGCUGCUCAGGAGUUAG